AUGGAACAGAAGGAACAGAAGAAUGUGUAUGGGCAGUUAAGGAAUACGGGAUUAAGGCUAUGGGAGGAGUAUAUAUGGAGAAGAACAAAAACUGCAUUUCUAGAAGUGAUCCUAACAAUAGAUAGAUUUAUGAUAGAAAAUAAUAUGCAUUCAGCAAUUAAAUCAAGAAUAAUGUCGUUCUAUGAACUACAAUGGCAAUAUAAUUCAGGUGUCGAAUUAACUGAUGAAAGUUGGCUCAAGAAAACAGUUGUACCAGCUGAGUUAAGAAAGAAAGUACUUCAUCAAGCUAGGUUCAAGACGCUUACGUCAAUACAGUUCUUUCAAGUGAAAAAUAAAGCUUACAUACACACGUUAACCGAGACCGCAAGGGACAUAAUCCUACCUCCUGGGGAGAUAGUGUACUACGGUGGGACCGUUACAAGGGAGCUGUAUAUAAUUGAGAGCGGCUACUGUAUCGUCACGUCCAAAGAACUGAGGGAAACGCGAAGGGAACGUGUCAUCGGCCCCGGGAAUCAUUUGGGAUUGCUUGUGCUUUUGUACGGAGUGCCUGCUGUUAGCACUAUAAUUACUUUAACACAUUGCAAAUUAAUUAGCAUCGGCCACUUCGCGUAUACUUCAGCACUGAACUUGUUUCCUGACAUGAAGGAGCAUGAGGGCUUACUGACAUCAGACGAGUUGCAUAGCAUAGAACAACAAGCGAAAUCACAGAAUACAGACGCAUAUUUAAAACACUACAAUGUGCUGGUGGGAAAGCGUUUGUCGAGUUUACUAACGAAUGCAUUGCAAGAUUUCUUUAAUGGUUAGAAAUGUAAAUUGUCAUUUUUGGCAUUGACAUUACAUAGGCUUUCUUUUAUAAACAUGGCUGCGUCGUAUUUGUUGUUAAGACAAUUAAGA